CGGGGCUGCAGCAGGAGUCGGGGCGGCCGCAGGAUGCAGCGGUGGCCGGUGCUGCUCUUCCUGGCCUGGGUCUGCCUGCUCUUCUUCGCCGGCAUCGGGCUCUUCAUGAGCGGCUUCCUGCUCACCCGCAUCGAGCUCUCCAGCAGCAGCUCCUGCUCAGACCCAGUGCUGCCGCCGCCUUGGGAGGGGCAGAGCCUCCCUCCAGGCUCCUGCUGGGCACCACGGCGCUUUUCCAAGGCCGUGCUUGUCAUCAUCGAUGCCCUCCGUUUCGAGUUUGCCCGCUUUAACCCAGCCAAGGCCAGCCCUCUGCCCUACGAGAACAAGCUGAGUUUCUUGCGCCACCUGGAGACCUCCCAGCCCCUCCACGCCCGCCUCUACCGCUUCCGGGCAGACCCUCCCACCGCCACCAUGCAGCGCAUCAAGGGCCUCACCACUGGCUCCCUCCCCACUUUCAUCGAUGUGGGCAGCAACUUUGCCACCUACGCCAUCCAGGAGGACAACCUGCUGGCACAGCUGGUGCAGAACGGAAGGAGAGUGGUCUUCAUGGGUGAUGACACUUGGGAAGGACUCUUCCCAAAGAAGUUCUUCCGCUCGUACUUCUUCCCAUCUUUUAACGUGAAGGAUCUUCACACCGUGGACGAUGGGAUCCUGCAGCAUCUCUAUACAACUGUGGACAGUGGUGAGUGGGACGUGCUGAUUGCUCACUUCCUCGGCGUGGACCACUGUGGGCACAAACAUGGACCUGACCAUCCUGAAAUGGCUAAGAAGCUCACCCAGAUGAAUGAGAUGCUCAGGUCCUUGGUGGAUCACUUGGGGAAUGACACCCUUCUUCUGGUGGCUGGGGACCAUGGCAUGACAGAGACUGGAGACCAUGGUGGUGACAGUGAGAAGGAAGUGAAUGCAGCACUGUUUGUGUACAGCAAAUCUCCUCUCUUUGGCACCGUCCCUCCAGAGGAGCCUGAGGCUGUUCCCCAGGUGAACCUGGUGCCCACUGUGGCCCUGCUGCUGGGUGUACCCAUUCCCUACAGCAACAUUGGGGAGGUGAUGGCUGAGCUGUUCUCCAGGGAUGAUGAUGCUGUGUCUGCAGCCUUGCAGCAGCUAUCAGUCUAUCACAUCAAUGCCAAACAGGUGGACCGCUUCCUGCACUCCUACUCCUUGGUGGCUCAGGACCUGCCAACAGAGCAGCUCCAGCACCUUCAGGAGCUCUUCUCUGGUGCUGUGGAGGAGCACGUUCAGCUCUUGGCAGAGGUGCAGGGGACAACACUCGUGCCUCCGGAGCUGGAAUCCAGGCUGGGAAAUCUCAUCGGUCGCUUCCAGCUCUACCUACGGGAGGCACGGGCUGUGUGCACCCAGUCCUGGGCUCGCUUCCAUCCCCUGCGUAUGGUGGGGGGCUGUGCCCUCAUUGCCUCUUCCUGCCUGCUCUGCUACAUGGCCUCAGAGCUGGCUGCAACUUCAGACUCCUUCUAUUGCAGCUGCCUCCUGUGCCCCCUGCUCUGGGGCCUGGUGGUGGCUGUUCUGCUUGGGCUGGCCCGUGCGUUCACCCAGGAGGGGCUGGAUCUCCUCCUGGUGUCAUCGUGGGCAGCUGCUGCUUCUCAGCUGGGUUUUUUCUGGCACUGGUGGGGCUGGCACCCCAAGAAAGCCCGUUGGGCUGGCAGUCAGCCACCCUUGGCCACCGUUGGCCCAAGGCAGAGGCUGGGAGCAUGGCUGGGGCUGGCCUUCCCCAUGAGCAUUCUCCUAUUCCGCUGCGGAGCCAUGUUCUCCGAUAGCUUCGUGGUGGCCGAGGCCCGGGUGGCCCCGUUCCUGCUGGCCUCACUGGUGGUGCUAGUAGUAGGGAAGCUCCACUGGGAUGGUCGCCUGACUGUGCCAGAAGGUCCCAAGCAGCAGCUCCUUGGCUUUUCUUCUUACCGCAGAGAGAUCUGGUACCUUCUGUGCCUUGUGGCCGCGCUCCUUGUCUGCGUGCGCCUCUCCGCUUUCUUCCACCAGUGCCGCGAAGAAAUCCCUCAGUGCCGCCCCUCUGUUUUCCUCUCCCCCCUCGCCAGCCUGAGGAACACACGGGCCAAGAACCUCUUCUACCUCCUCUGCGUGGCCUUGCUGGCAGGGCUGGCCUACGCUGUGCGGAGGUGGCUGCGGCACUACGGCAACCUCAACAGCUCGGGGCCACCGGUGCUCUUCGUGCGAUGGGGUUUCCCACUCCUGGUCCUCUGCGUCGCCUGCUACUGGGCUGUUGCCUCCAGUGCUGAUGACACCCUGGGCAAGCUGCAGGAGCUGGUGCAGGUGGCAGUGGUUGCCUUUCCCCGGGCGGUGUACGGGCUGGCGUCCGUGGGGCUGCUGCUCCUGCUGUACGACCCCGUGACGGUGCUGGCAAAGGACACGCGGGAGCCGCAGGGAUCCCUGGUCACUCCCUGCCUGGGGGUCCCCAGCUCUGAAGUUGACUUACUCCACGUCAUCCCUCAGAUCUACAAGAGGAUGCAGGAGUCUCAGAAGAGCCGCCUGGAGCGGGGCAGCUGCUGGGCCACCGUGGCAGCGUACGGGUUGGGCAGUGUGUACUCUGCAGCCCUGGUCAUAGCACUCACCCUGCUCAGCUUCCUCUUGAUGCUUCUGCACAGCGAGCGGAUGAGUCUUGCCUUCCUGCUCCUCUUCCUGGAGGCCUUCGUGCUGCUGCAUAUCCACACGUGUGCCAGAGGCCUUGCUGGAGAUGCUGAGCCUUUUUCGGUGCCCUGGUACGCAGUCAUCUCCUGGCUCCUUGCUGCUUCCCAGUUCUUCUAUUCCACAGGCCACCAGCCCAUCUUCCCAGCCAUCCACUGGAACGCAGCCUUUGUGGGCUUCCACUCUGACCACAGCACAAACCUCCUGCCUGCUGUCCUGGUGGGCGCCAACACCUUUGCCUCCCAUAUCCUCUUUGCAGUUGGCUGCCCUCUGCUCCUCCUUUGGCCCUUUGUGUGUGAGGUGUCCAGCUCGCAGAAGAGGAAGCCCAGGAAGGAACCCCAGGAGGAGCUGCAGGAGGCAGAGGAGCACAUGAUGGAGAUGAGGCUGAGGGAGUCCCCCGAGAUGUUCUCCAAUGCUCUGCUGCAGCUGGGGCUGAAGUACCUCUUUGUCCUUGGAAUGCAGCUUCUGGCCUGUGUUUGUGCAGCUAUGAUCCUCAGGAGGCACCUCAUGGUGUGGAAGGUCUUUGCCCCAAAGUUCCUCUUUGAGUCGUUGGGUUUUGUGGUGAGCAGCAUCUGCCUCCUGCUGGGGAUCUCCCUGGUGAUGCGUGUGGACUGUGCUGUCAGCACCUGGUUCAGGCACCUUCAGCUCAGAUAGCCUCAGAGAUGUGGGGACCCUGACCUGCUCGUCAGCCCAGUCUGCAGUUGUCUCCCUGGUCCCAGGAGGGUUACACAAGCCACCAGCAACGAGUGCCUGCUGACAGCACUCAGGGAUUGUCCCCAGCUCCCUGCCUCCAUGCUGCACAAAAGGACCUGAGCCAGUUCUUCCCUGCUCAUGGGGAUGGUGUUUCUCAGCAGUGGAGGUCAGAGCUCUCCCUGGGCAUCUCUUGGCAGUGGGUGGAAUCCACUGCAGGAGACUGAGAAGCCAGAGUCCUGAAGGGCUCCUCUGGAGAAACACCAGCUGCGUGUCUGCUGCCUUCCUGACAACUCUCUCUGCUAUGCACAAGGUCAGCUUCAGUGGCCAGCAAGGUGCCACCUUGCCUGUGCAGAGACAGGGACUCACAGGAAGGGGCUGAGGAGGGGAGAGCAGGGAGAUGGGAGAGGGAAGGUCCUGCAGCCAACACUGCUCUUAGUGUGCUCAGUUUUCAUGCUGGGAUCGAAGUGCACAUGGUUUCACAUAUGGAUGGUUUCUGGGGUCUCAGCUCCUCUGUAAAGCCAGUUGGUUGCUCUGUAGUGAGGCCAUGCUUGCCUUACAUUCCCAUUUUCCUGGUCUUCCUCAGUCCUCCAAAGGGCAGCAGGGAGCAGUGCAGGCUGCUUUGUACAGCCCGAAGCAGGCUUAGCUUGUUGGGUAUGUGGGCACAGGGACAACAGUGCCCACAGCCCAAAAACUCUCCACUUGGGGUCUUGGUGUCUCCUUGGGCUGGGCUGCAGCAGCCAGGGCUCUUGAUCCCUUCACAAGCAUGUGCUGGCAGAUGCUGGCUACUGAUUGUGAAUGGUUGAGAUGCAGCAGGAUGUAGUGACAGAGCAGUGGCACAUCCCCACCUUAGAUCUGGUGAGGAGGAAAGGGAUGUGGAGCUGUUCCAGCUGAAGAAGUGGCUUUGGUGUGAGUGCUGGUGCUUGGGAAGAGCUGCUCAUGAAAGCCCUGAGGAGGUGACAGCUCUCCUAGGAGGCAGCUUAGCUCACAAGUAUCUGUACACAUGCUGGGGGGUUCUCUCACCUUGAAGGAUCUGCAGACCCUGCAGCCAGUGGCAUCUCUGAUCCCACAUUUGGUGCUUGUCUUCCUCUUGGCAGUGGUGUUCUCUCUGGGCCUCCAGGCUGCACAUCAGCCACCCCAAACCCACCCUUGACUGCUCAUGGUCAGGGGACCCCAUGUUUCUGUACGGGCAGAGGUAGAGGACAGUGGCUGUGGGGACAGCCACACCCCAGCUGCAUUUUCCCUGCAGUUCAAUGGGAGGAGAAAUUCCUCACUGCCCUGAACCACUCUGCAGUGUCUCUUGGUGCUCUGAAACCUUUUGUCUCUUUUCCCACUGGAAUUUCCCUUGCCUGGGAUUCCUGCUUUGACUUACGUUGUAGUGCUGUUUGUUUUUUAACUCCUGCACCACAACUUGGCCCUCUUUAUGUUCCACACUGAAAACUGCUGGUGUAACUCCAGAUCCUUCCUUUUCUCUGCCCUGGAGAGUGUCAGGGGGAGCAUCUUGUCACCUCUCCCAUCAUGUCAGUUCUUGCUGCUAUGCCCAAGUGCCCAGUUUCUCUGGAAUGCAGCUCUUGAGGGAAGGUUUGGUUUUGUAUAUCAGCCCUGCAAAAUGCUUCCUCAGGUGUUAGGGUGUCAUUCCAGGGAGGCUUAAACUGCUCUAAUUUGGGCUUUCCAUUGCCUGGCCUUCCUUCUCCCCUUUUGGCUGUGCUCUCCCACCUCAGCCUUGCAUCUCCCUGCUGUGUGGGCUGAGUUUUACCCCAAAACAACCAUUUUGCAGCUGGAUUGACUCACCAGGCUGCCUCAGCACCUGGCUGCACACACACUGGUGCUGGUUUGAGGCAAGGGCCAGCAGUAUGCAGCAGGGGAAUGUGUUGGAAGCAGGAAGGCAUCAAACCAUGAUUAGAUAGGCUGAAGCAGUGCCACCCUUAAAAACAGGGUAUUUCCUUUAUGCUGUGACUCCGUGGUGCCACAGGUGCUGGAGGGGCCAUGCUGAUGGUUGACGGGUGCAUCUGUGUGGAUGGGAGGAAGGGAGUGGAGGUAGCAUCUGCCCAGUGAAUUUUCAUUUAACAUGAGGUUAGCCUUGGUAACGUGUUGCUGAACUGCAGGACUGGAGCCCCAGGAGGUCUUCUCAUCACCUUGUAACCUGGUCAGGAGUCUGCUGCCCGACCAUAUUUGUGCUGGCAGAAAUCCUGAUGGUCACUAGUGCUGCAGAACUGCUCCUGACAUCGCCACAGCUGCCACCUUGGCCCCCUGGACUUUCUUCUCUCUCAUCUCUAAGACUUACGCCCCUCUCAGUGGCUGCUGUCACCCUGCUGAGCCUUCCCAUGCCUUUUGUUCAUGGUGGGAGCUCAGCUGGCCCUUGGGCAUCCUCUCCUCAUCCCUCCAUGCCACCCCUCUGUAGGUGCAGCCUGAUGGCGACAGGGGCCUUUGGGUGACAUCAGAGCUGUGGCAGCAUGAGAACAUCCACACUUAUGUCACUGGAGACUAAACAAAUCUUGUGACAGUAAAGCUGCAAGAGCAUCCUUAUCUCUGCAGAGCUGCCAAGGAGUGCUAGCUGCUCUCCCAAGGCAGACUGCUACACCAAAGAGUCAGAUUCCAGCAGAGGAGUUUUCCCAGGGCUGGAGAUGCUCGUGCUUUCUUUCAUUCAGGUUUUUGGUUUGUUUGGGGUUUUUUUUUCCAGUCUUUGCUAGCCUUCUCCAGCUGACUGCUGGGCUGCCUUUCUCCUGAUUGUCCUGGGGAUGACAGAUCCAGUGAUCUGGGAAGCAUGCUGCUGAUGCUAGAGCAGGCAUGGCUGAGUUUCCUGAUCCAAAACAACAAGGAGUCUCUGGAGGAGGGUGCCCACUGGCUCUUUGGGAAACCCAUCAUGCUGGGUGAGGAGCAGGCUCUGCCCUCUCAGCCCCUUUCCAAGGUUGUCUCUGCAGCCUGUUGCGUCUCUCCUGGAGCAGGGUUCUGGUUUCAGUGUCCCUGUCCUGAAGGUGACAUCCUCAGUGUGCUCUGCAGAGCAGCUCCAUCCUGCACUCCGCAGGGAUGCUGUGUGCACUCCACAGCCAGGCUCCUGUUCCUCAGCCACGGGAGAGCUCCACUGGGAAUCUUCCCUGUGGCAGGAUGUGUCUCGUGGUCCUGGUGCAGGCUGCAGUCCUGUGUCAUCCGUGCCACCUGGAAAAUGUUUAGCAAAAGUGGCCAGUGCUGCCAAAAAGUGUCUGCUGCCCCCCGAGAUGUCCCCACAGUCCUGUCCCCACGGUGUCCAGAGGGUGACACUGCUCUUAGGAGGGGGGACAGGGCUUGCUGUGUCUCUGUUCCCACCCCCAUUUCUCCAUCCCCUCUCUUCCCGUUCUCCCAUCAGCACAUCACCCGUGCCAGGACACGGCCCCGUUCCCUUGCCCAUGAGGAGCAACCUCUCCCACUGGAGAGCAGCGUGGGGUGAUUGCUGCUUUCUGGUUUGUUGUUGUUGACCUCUCUGUGCCUCGGUGCCCCGCGUGGGAUAAACAAAGGGGAUAAAGACCCAGUUCUGGAAAGGGGAUAAGAUCCAGUUCUGGGACCUGCUGCUGCCUUGGCCGGGUGUCUCUGUGUGUUUCUCCCUUUGUGCUUUUGUUCCCGUUCAGCAGCUGUGCUGGGGAGGUGGCAGCGAUGCCCAAGCCUCUCCCGCGAGGUAAAGCUUUUAUUAUUUUUUUUUUCCUUCAAAUAAACCCUGAAACAGGCAAGUUGGCAGCGCUCAUUCACCCAAUGGCUUUGCCUCUGGGCUGUUGUGGUUCCCGUGCCCAGCCCCACUCACAGCGCUAACACCCCACACACACACACCCUUCCGUGGUCCUCGCCAAGGGGAUGGGGUGGGAGGCGUCUUGAGGGUAUCAAAUGAGUGAU